UCGAACUUUUUAAAUCUUAACAGCAACAGCUACUUACUCCGACAACUGCCAAUCGACCCUUCAUCCUUGUCACUCGAAAUGGCUCCUUUCAUUACUCAUUCAGCAGCCAUUAUGGCCAUGCUUGCCGGUGCUCUCGUCUCCGCCGAGUCAUUUUGUACUUUCUACACCGAGAACUUUUGCGAAGAACGCUCCGGCAGUGUCAACUAUGCCGUCGAAAACAACGGCAUCUUUCAGAAUGGUGGUCCCUAUUUCAGUUGUCGUACUGAGAAAGAAUUCAGUUUGAUCUCUUACCCAGCUGGAGAUUCCAACGGCGACAACCCUAAACACUGUCACGUCUUUAAUGAAGAUGAGAAGCUCGGGUGCAAUCAUCUCGACGACCUCGGAUUCACCACCGGUGAUGGUGGCUACUAUCGUCUCUCGCUCUCAAAGACUUGUCCGUCAACCUCGGAAAAGCGUGAAGUUGGAAGCAAGGAGGCCGUCCCCCUAGCCGUUCCCUCGACUUCGGAGAAGCGUGAAGUUAAGGACAAGGUAGUCGUUCCCUUUGGAAGAAACAACACUGAAGCAGAUGUUCGUCGUCGUAACGAGCUCCGCGAUAUGCUUCGUCGUAAUGCCGACUACUUCCGCUUUUACGAUGAUCCGGACUGUAAGCAGCAAUCUGGAGGUGUUGGAUAUAGCACUCACAACGAUGGCUGUUUUGAGAAUGGUGGAGCUUACGGUCUAAUGAAUGGUGGUGAUUCCGAUUAUCACAUUGAGCAAUACCAAGGCACUGAUGGUGAUCAAUGCACUGGUGAUCAGUGGCAUUGUGUUACUUCCGAGGCAUUCGCACCGAACGAUCUUGGAUAUCCUCCUUGCGUUCACCUUGAUGAUGUCGGUUUGCAAUCUGGUUUUGGUUCUUACCGAAUCGGGAGACAUGGUUGCCCGUGAAUGGAACUACCCUAGGCCAUUGUGGUGGCCAGGAAGUCCUGUGGUUCCUUUUACUGUUCUUUCCGGGUACACUGGUCGCACUGACAACCAGGUCAUUGAAAAUACUCUCACAGGAAGUACCAAUACACUGUGUCGGUGUCGUGCCAGAUUGCCACCAGUACACGAGGGUAGUUUUCCUUGGUUCGACGUCUUACUUUUCGCGUGGCUUUUUGCAAAUUUGUUUUGCAGUGGCCUUUUAUCCGUACAUAGCAAAUAGAUAUGAGAAGUACCUUCUUCCUUCGAACUCAGUCGUAGGACGAUCACCUCUAAAGCUCAAAUUCUAAUUGCUAGCCGCCG